GUGGUGGCCACGGUGCAGGCUUCUGGAGGUGCGCAGAGGGAGCUGGGGACGCAGGCCGCUGGGUCCCUUUGGGAGGCCAGCUGUCCGCAGCUGGGGGUGUGAGGCCUGGUGGCCUGGCUCUGUCCCUCGGUUCCUUGGAUGGCUCCGUCCCGAGAGCCCCGUAGAGCUGCGGCUGCAGGUCCCGGCCCAGCCACCCCGGACCCUUUGACGUCUGUGUGACGAUGACCAGUCCCUCUGCGCGCGGCCGCCCCCAGGAUGGACGUGAACGUGACCGGCCUGGACAACGCCACCCUCCAGAUGCUGCAGAACCCGGCCAUCGCCGUGGCCCUGCCCGUCGUCUACUCCUUGGUGGUGCUCGUCAGCCUCCCCGGGAAUCUCUUCUCCCUGUGGGUCCUGUGCCGCCACAUCGGGCCCAAGUCCCCGUCUGUCAUCUUCAUGAUCAACCUGAGCGUGACUGACCUCAUGCUGGCGGCCGUGCUCCCCUUCCAGAUCGCCUACCACUACAACCGCAGCCACUGGGUGUUCGGGCGGGCCAUGUGCAACGUGGUGACGGUGGCCUUCUACGCCAACAUGUACUCCAGCAUCCUCACCAUGACCUGCAUCGGGGUGGAGCGCUUCCUGGGGGUCGUGUACCCCCUGACGUCCGUGCCCUGGCGACGGCGGCGCUACGCGGUGGCCGCCUGCCUGGGGACCUGGGUCUUGCUGCUGGCCGCCCUGUCGCCGCUGGCCAGGACGGACCUGACCUUCCAGGUGCGCGACCUGGGCAUCGUCACCUGCUUCGACGUCCUCAAGUGGAACAUGCUGCCCAGCGUGGCCACCUGGGCCGUCUUCCUGUUCACCAUCUUCGUCCUGCUCUUCCUCAUCCCCUUCGUGGUCACGGUCGCCUGCUACACGGCCACCAUCCUCAAGCUGCUCCGGACGCCCCACGGCCAGGGCGGGGGCCAGCGUCGCCGCUCCGUGUGCCUGGCCGCCGUGGUCCUCGUGGCCUUCGUCACCUGCUUCGCCCCCAACAACUUCGUCCUUCUGGUGCACAUGGUGGCCCGGCUGUACCUGGGCCGCAGCCUGUACCACGUGUACAAGCUGACCCUGUGCCUCAGCUGCCUCAACAACUGCCUGGACCCCUUCGUCUACUACUUCGCCUCCCGGGAGUUUCAGCGGCGGCUCCGCGGCUACCUGGGCUACGGCCGGCUGCCCAGCGACAGCCCGGACACCCGCCGGGCCAGCCUCCUGUCGCCUCGCACCAUGUCGGCCAGGUCCGGCGGUGGGGACGCUGGGGACGACGACGGGCUCAGGGUGGCCGGAGCGGCCGGGCCCGGCCUGAAGAGACAGGAGAGCGUGUUCUGAGGGCCGAGCACCAAAGGCCGGGGACGGGGACACUGAGGUCACCCCCUGGGGACGGCGCAGGUGGGGUGACCUGAGGAUUGGACUGCGGGUGACUGGGGCCGGGUGGGCUGUGCUGAGGAGCUGCACCGAGCCCGGCGGGUUUCUUCGGAAGGUGCGCAUGCUUUGCAGAAGAGCACCCCAAAAUGGACCGAGUGCGGGGGAUUCGCACCCCAAAAUGGACCGAGCCUGCUGUGUUUCUUCAUAAGGUGCGCAUGCUUUGCAAGGGAGCACCCCAAAAUGGACCGAGUGCGGGGGAUUUGCACCCCAAAAUGCACCAAGCCUGCUGUGUUUCUUCAUAAGGUGCGCAUGCUUUGCAAGGGAGCACCCCAAAAUGGACCAAGUGCGGGGAAUUUGAACCCCAAAAUACACCAAGCCUGGUGGGUUUCAUAAUAAGGUGCGCAUGCUUUGCAGAAGAGCACCCCAAAAUGGACCAAGUGCGGGGGAUUCGCACCCCAAAAUGGACCAAGUGUGGGGAAUUCGCACCCCAAAAUGGACCGAGUGCGGGGAAUUCGCACCCCAAAAUGGACCGAGUGCGGGGAAUUCGCACCCCAAAAUGGACCGAGUGCGGGGAAUUCGCACCCCAAAAUGGACCGAGUGCGGGGAAUUUGCACCCCAAAAUGGACCGAGUGCGGGGAAUUCGCACCCCAAAAUGGACCAAGUGUGGGGAAUUUGAACCCCAAAAUGGACCGAGCCUGCUGUUUCUUCAUAAGGUGCGCAUGCUUUGCAAAGUAGCUCCCCAAAAUGGACCAAGUGCGGGGAAUUCGCACCCCAAAAUGGACCAAGUGUGGGGAAUUCGCACCCCAAAAUGCACCAAGUGUGGGGAAUUUGCACCCCAAAUGCACCAAGCCUGCUGUUUCUUCAUAAGGUGUGCAUGCUUUGCAGAAGAGCACCCCAAAAUGGACCAAGUGUGGGGAAUUCGCACCCCAAAAUGGACCAAGUGCGGGGAAUUCGCACCCCAAAAUGGACCGAGUGCGGGGAAUUCGCACCCCAAAAUGACCGAGCCUGCUGUUUCUUCAUAAGUGCGCAUGCUUUGCAAGGGAGCACCCCAAAAUGGACCAAGUGCGGGGAAUUCGCACCCCAAAAUGGACCGAGUGCGGGGAAUUCGCACCCCAAAAUGGACCGAGCCUGCUGUUUCUUCAUAAGGUGCGCAUGCUUUGCAAGGGAGCACCCCAAAAUGGACCAAGUGUGGGGAAUUCGCACCCCAAAAUGGACCAAGUGUGGGGAAUUCGCACCCCAAAAUGCACCAAGUGCAGGGAAUUUGCACCCCAAAUGCACCAAGCCUGCUGUUUCUUCAUAAGGUGCGCAUGCUUUGCAAAGGAGCUCCCCAAAAUGGACCAAGUGCGGGGAAUUCGCACCCCAAAAUGCACCAAGUGUGGGGAAUUUGCACCCCAAAUGCACCAAGCCUGCUGUUUCUUCAUAAGGUGCGCAUGCUUUGCAAAGGAGCUCCCCAAAAUGGACCAAGUGUGCUGGGUUUGCAACAAGGUGUGCAUGCUUUGCAAGGGACCACCCCAAAAUGGACCAAGUAUAGUAAAUUUGCACCCCAAAAUGCACCAAGACUGGUGUCUUUCUUCAUAAGGUGUGCAUGUUUUGCAAAGGAGCUCCCCAAAAUGGACCAAGUGCGGGGAAUUCGCACCCCAAAAUGCACCGAGCCUGGAUGGUUUGCAACAAGAUAUGCAUGGUUUGCAGAAGAGCACCCCAAAUGAACUAAGUGUGGUGGGUCUGCACCAAGCCAUGCACGAGCAGCCCCCCAAAACGGAGAGCCUGGUGGGUUUGCCCCAAGGGGUGCAUGGUGUGCACAGGACCCCCAAAAACGCAACGAGCAUGGUGCUUUUGCACCAAGCCGGACAGAGUUUGCAAAAGCGCCUCCUCCCUCCAAAUGGUGGCUUUGCAGAGCCCCCAGCAUGGACUGGCCACCCCACUAUCUUUCGGGGUUUGCAGACAGACCCCUGCAAUUGCUGCCUUGAGGCUGUGGGGUUCGGGUGACCCCAGUUCUCACUUUCCACCUGGGGACACGUGUAUGCAAACUUUCAAAGCCGCCGAGGACACACGGCAUCGUUUUUUGGUGACACGGUGACAGUGGCUUGCAGAGGACGGCUCGGGGACCCUGGGGAAGCCACCCCCGGUCCCCCAUUCCACCAGCCCCCCGAAAAAGGUGACACAGCCUAUCCCAAGGACAUGGACGGUGACCCUAUGCAACGAGCACCCUAAAUGUUGCAUAGCAGAAACCAAUGGGUUCCCAGGUCCUUCAGGACAGAAAGACACCCCAAUACCUAAGGCUGCAAUUUCCCAUGGGGACAGUCACCUGUGGGAACACAGGUGACCCCAAAACCAGUGACCACCGCGGGAACCCCGAAGUUGCUUGGCUGCUCGGGUUGCCCCCAAAGCCAAACCUACAAACCAAUGGUGAACCAGCGAGAAGACGGGGUGUCGGGUGGGCCUGGUGCAAACAGAAGGCGUGAGAAACCCCAAGUCGCAACCCACGGCCGUGUACAUGACACCCCCAAAAGUGUCUUGUGAACAAGCCGCAGGACGGAAGGAAAUCGGUUGUGCAGUCAACAACCUGCCCUACAGGACGUCCCCCCCGCCCCCCGCCACUGCACAAAGGACAAAUACACUUGUCUGUCUGUCCGACUCCCUUUUCUUUUGUACUUACACAUUUUCCAUUAGUGAGAGGACUGCGGUGGAACUGGAGCCCAAGGUGAGCAACAAGGACGUUUAGGGGGUGCAGUGUUGGUGGCUUGGCGGUGACAAAUGGACCGAGGUGUCACGCAGAGGCCAUAGAAAGGGAACAAGCGAGGGGGGCACCGUGAGGCAGUCACCGUGACCUCCUCUGUCUGUCUGAAGUUAUUGUGAAAUAAAAUCUCAUUUUUUCUACAAAAAAAAAAAAAAACCAAGAUGGUUGUCUUUGUGCGUAGGAGCAAAUGGACGUUUUUGGGGUGCUUCUUGGGGAAUUGGGAGUUGAUUGAAUCUAAUUAAUGCUUGAUGUGGUCCCUGCAGCUCUGGUAUAAAAAUGCAAAAAUAAGACUUAUUAAAAAAAAAAGGCUAAGAGACAGGCGAGGUGGCUCAAGCCUGUAAUCCAGCUACU